UUGGUCGGGCGGGCUGUCAGUCACCGUCCGGCGCUAGGAGAGAACACAGGCAGUCACCGAACCGCCGCCGCCACAGGUUUCCCCGUAGAGCGGCCCAUGGAGGCUCCGCUGUGACGGAAAAGUUUCCCCGGGAAGGAUGGCGGGGAGAAGUGUGACGGAGAGCCGCUAGAAGGGCCGGGACCGGACUCGCUCUCCUCCUCGCGUCAUGUCGGCCAUCUCUGCCGCCGAGAAAGUGGACGGCUUCACCAGGAAGUCUGUGCGGAAAGCGCAGCGACUGAAGAGAUCUCAGGGAUCCUCACAGUUCCGCGGACAGGGGGCGCUAGUGGAGCUCUCCCCCCUACCGGCACUCAAAGAUGCCACUUGCAAUGACCAGCAAGACCUCUUCUCUCAGAAGCUGCAGCAGUGCUGUAUGCUCUUUGAUUUUAUAGACUCGAUAUCUGACCUGAAGAGCAAAGAAAUAAAGAGAGCCACUCUGAAUGAACUGGUUGAAUAUGUAUCCACAAAUCGAGGGGUCAUUGUAGAGUCUGCAUACCCCGAUAUCGUAAAAAUGAUUUGCGCUAAUAUUUUUAGAACUCUACCGCCGAGCGACAAUCCAGACUUUGAUCCCGAGGAGGAUGAGCCAACACUAGAAGCAUCUUGGCCUCACAUACAGUUGGUGUAUGAAUUUUUCCUGAGAUUUUUGGAAAGUCCAGACUUUCAACCAAGUAUUGCAAAGCGGUUUGUGGACCAGAAAUUUGUGCAACAGCUGCUGGAACUGUUUGACAGUGAAGACCCAAGGGAGCGAGAGUUUUUGAAGACUGUACUACAUCGAAUAUAUGGCAAGUUUCUUGGCCUAAGAGCAUUCAUCAGAAAGCAGAUUAACAACAUUUUUCUCAGGUUUAUCUAUGAAACUGAGCAUUUUAACGGUGUGGCAGAAUUGCUGGAAAUACUGGGCAGCAUCAUCAAUGGAUUUGCAUUACCGUUAAAAGCUGAGCACAAGCAAUUCCUAAUGAAAGUCCUGAUUCCUAUGCACACAGCUAAGGGCCUGGCUCUGUUUCAUGCACAGUUGGCAUAUUGCGUGGUCCAGUUUUUGGAGAAGGACGCAGCACUGACAGAGCCAGCUGUUUAUUUGCAGGUUAUUAGAGGGUUGUUAAAGUUUUGGCCCAAAACUUGUAGCCAAAAAGAGGUGAUGUUUUUAGGUGAAAUAGAAGAGAUUUUGGAUGUAAUAGAGCCAACUCAGUUUAAAAAGAUUCAGGAACCCCUGUUUAAGCAAAUAUCAAAGUGUGUGUCCAGUUCUCACUUUCAGGUUGCAGAGAGGGCUCUGUACUUCUGGAACAAUGAGUAUAUUCUCAGCCUGAUCGAGGAGAACAUUGACAAAAUUCUACCAAUCAUGUUCGGUAGUUUGUACAAAAUCUCCAAAGAACACUGGAACCCGACUAUUGUAGCCCUGGUGUACAAUGUGCUGAAAACAUUCAUGGAAAUGAACGGGAAACUGUUUGAUGAGCUUACAGGGUCCUACAAAGCAGAACGGCAAAAAGAGAAGAAGAAAGAGCUGGAGCGUGAGGAGCUGUGGAGAAAGCUUGAUGACUUACAAAUGAAUAAGGCCUUGGCCGAUCAACAGAAGAGUGCUUUCAGUGUACAGAACAAUACAAGUGCCAAAUAACCCACAUGACAACAACCUCUGCUUCAUAGGCAAACUUUUGUACAUUGUUUUUUUUUUUUUUUCUUCUUUUUUUGAUUUUUUUUUUUUUUUUCUGAAAAAUGUAAAAUAAAACUGACAUUGUCCAUAUAAAACAAGAAAACAGUUUUUACAGGGAAUAGCAUCCCUUUCUGAAUAACUUCUGGUCUGUGAGAGGGGGCAUUAAUAAAUUGCGGUGCAACUUAUUGAUGAUUUUCCUAACAGCCAAUUAUUAAAGUGCACUUGUCAUUUACAACACAGGAGACAGUCAAUAAAGAGGCAAUGCUUUUAAAAUAUCCAUCAUUUUGGUGAAGGGUAGGAAAUGUUCUAAUGUACUUUAUUUCCCAUUCAUAUCCAUUUUCAGAGCCACCUCUUCCCAGCCUGCCUGUCAGCUGAGAGUUUAACCUCCUAGCGUUCACCGUCUUUUAUUUUGUUUUACAGUAUAGCAGAGCCACCUCCUCCCUACUACUAAUCUUUGAUCUCAUCACUCCUUUCCUCACUGACAUCGCCUAACUUAUAAAAUUACAAUUGUGAAGAGCAAUAAUCGCAGAAAUUACA